ACUGUGAACACUUACGGAACGCACUUUACCAUUUGUCAAAGUUCGAAAUGCAUUCACUAAACGUCAAAUUUUGUUUGUUGACAAAGUUUUGUUUGAAGUGGAGCGGUUGAAGGAAAUUUAAAAAGACGUGUAGGGUUGUAUAAAGUAUUUUAUCACUAAAAUGUAUAUCAAAUUUCAGAAAAUAUGUAAGUAACCGCUUUUAGAACGACAAAUUAGCAGAUUGGGCAAGUCACCAAGUGAUGACCGACACAGAUGAUACAGACGAGUUACUGCUGAUCCCUCCUGAUUUUUUUGUAAUAAACUCGGAGUCUGAGUCGUGUGACUUCUCUGAGCCCUAUUAUAAUAUAGUAGAAAGACUAAUACAGCGUGUGGACAAUCUCCAAACUCGUCUAAAGUCAAUAGAAUCAAGUGAAAACUCCUUACACUCAUAUGACAUGCAAAAUAUACGCCAAGAAUCCAGACGUUACAACAGUAGUGAAAAUGUUUAUUACCCCACUAGCACGCAAAGUACGCCUCAGAAACCUCACACAAAAUUUAAACUCAGUUCAUUACCAUGUAGCCCUAAUAUAGAUAGGCAUACUCCUAGUCGAUAUAAUUGUUUAGGAUUACCAAAUAGUUGUGCUAAGUCAGAGAAUUCUUCUCCCAACAAAAAUGAUACUAUGGGAGAGAUUGAUACCUUUCUAUCAAAAGUCAGGACAAUAAAGAGGUUAAAUGCAGUCAGAAGCCUUGAAAAAGAUUUUAAUAGAGAUUUUAACAGUAAUGACUCAUUGGGAACAAAAAGUUCUAAAGAGGUAACUGAUGUCAUGGCUGAGUUGAAAAAACAGCAAGAAAAUCUGGAAGCCCUAGCUCCUAAUAAAGAGCCUGAAGCAGUCAAGGGAAAAACAUGGCAAGCAGGUGAUGUAAAAGAUAGUGUGCCUGACUAUAGCAUGGGUGUAAGAGACACACUCUAUGAUUGUGGUGAACCAACAACACUGAAGAAGAUUUACAAUGAUUCUCUAAAUACCAGUGCUGAUAAGUACCCAAGCUCUGACAGUAGCUCUGAACCUACUCAAAUGACUGCAUUCAAAAGACCUUCUAAGAGUAGUUUAUUAAGCAAUCCUUUGCAUUCUCAUGCUCUUGAUAUAUUGAACUUACAUAAACAAGUUCAGGAAGACAGCGAAAAGAAGGUUAAGAAAAAGAAUAAAAUAAAAAGUGGGCAAGGUUUGACUGACAAUUUUGGCUUGUUAAGCUUGGCAGAUAUAUGGGGCUCUAAUUCCCAGCUGUUACAGUGUUCUCAAGCUCAGCUAUCUCAGAAGUUGAAAGAAGAAAAUCUACGAAGACAGCAUUGUGAGGAUCUAAUCCUGAAAUUGCAAAAUCAGAAUUUGGAGCUUCAGCAAAAGUUAUCUGUUGCUGUGAAUGUGGAUGAAACAAAAAAUAUUGCAUUGCAACAAUUCCAGGAGACACUGGAGAAAGUUAUCUUGAGGUUGGAUAAGGUAUACAAGGAAAAACAAGGUUGGGAAGAUGAAGUAGAAAAUUUGAAAAGUAAGCAUGCAGCACAGUUGGCAGAGUUAUCAAGGAAAGUAUCUUUCUAUGAAAAAGAAGCCUCAAGAGCCAUAAAUGUAGCAGAAGAAAAUCAAGAAAAAUCGUCAUGUUUGGAGAAACGGUGCUCUGAGCUCCAAAAUCGAGUAGAUAGCUUCGAAAAUAACCUCAGAGAGCUGCAUGAUAGAUAUGCAAGGGAAGUGGAGAAAAAUAAGCAGCUUUCAGAUAUUUUGAGUCAGAAAGAAAUUGAGCUGAAUGAGAACAAAAAUACAUUAAACUUAGCAAAGAAAGAAGUUAAUCAAAGUAGAUCAGCAAUAGAUAACUGCCAAAAGGAACUAAUUAUGUUGAAAGAAGAAUAUGAAAGAAUUCAGUAUGAUUUGAAGGAAAGCAAAGCGAUUAUUGAGAAAUUAACUGAACAAAAGAAGGUUUUGUUAAAGGAAAUGGAGAAUAGUAAAAAGAAAGAGGUGGCAUUUCAAGCUGAAAUUGAACAGCUGCAGAAACAGAUUGAAAAUAGCAAAAUGGAGUUGAGAAACUUUUAUCAAGGACAAGUGGAGUUAUUAGUUCAGAAUAAACUAAAAGAGUUUCAAGCCCAGUUGGACCAAGCUGAAAGUUCUUUCAAAGAAGAGGUCAAGAAGAGGGAGCUUGCUAUUGCCAAAACAGCUGCAAGUCAUAUACAACAACUCUCUGAAAAGUAUACCUUGGAAAUCAGCCUUUUGGAAAAGAAGCAUCAAGAGGAGAUCCGUUUACAUCAAAUUCAGGUGAUGCAGUACAAGCAACAGGCUGCGAAUCUGCAGGGUGAAUUGGACAGACUCCAGGAAAAACGCAUGGAAAUUGCCAGGCAGCUGCAAAAAAUUAUGGAAGCUCAAUGGGCAGAGGCGGUGAAAAUUAUCACUAGUGCUAAGAGUCCUGCGUUCGACGAUAAGGCAGUCAAUACUUUGGAUCAGUUGAAUUCAUUGAAGACAAGAUCGUAUCACAAUGUAGAAGAGGUUUUUAUCCAGCAAGGUCUAAAUCCAGAAAAGAAUGAAAAUCUCAACGAGGGAACUUGUACGUCAACAAGCAAUGAGCACAUAGGCGACACUCCGGUAUCAAGUAAAACCAACUGUAAUAAACCAUUCAGUGAGACUGAGGUUCAGAAAUACAUCAAUUUGGUGAGUUCACUGUGCAAAGAAAUGAAUGUUACUGAAACAAGCGUAUAAAUCAUGCUUUUCCGCAUAGGGCAUCAAAUUGAUUUUCCUGAUAUUGCAUCAAGUUCCGGCCAUACUGAAGAGGAUUAUGCUUUUAUAAUGCACACGUAGAUAUGUCAUUUAGAGCCCAAUUAAUAAAUCAUUGAAAUACAUGAGUUUGUUGUUUGGUGUGGCGUUAGUACAGGCAGUUAUAUUUCUCUCUAUAAUAUUCAGUGUCCCGAAAGUUGGGACUUUCCUUUGUUGAACCAAUAAAGUUUGAAAUAACAAAGGUACAAAGAAGUUGAGGAAAAGUAACUCACUGUUUAUUUGGUAAACAUUUUCAAGUAUUACAUGUUGCACAUAAAUAUUGUUUAAAGUUAUCGUCAUUCGAUUCAAAAACACAAAUUUGUUAACUUCUUCCUACACUAAAACCAUGU